AUUACUAUAACGUUUAGCCUACAGAGAAAGUAAUAAAAAUUUAUAAAAAAUGAAUAUAGGAUGUUAAAUUGAUGUAAUUCAAAACCUACAAGGAAACAUGAAAUACACACAGCUCCUAUUCGUUGCUGUAGCAGUUUCUGCUGCGAAUGUAAUCAAAGACCCAACAGCAGGUUAUAAGGAGGGAGAUAGGUUUUUCUACUCCCCUGGUGAUGAAGACGACAUUCUUCACUUAGUAGAUUCCCACGAAGCAGUCGAUGAAGAAUUCAUACAACACUACGCCAGAAAUCCUAAUAACAAUGUUUAUUGGCUUUUUACCAGAGAUAACCCCGACAAUCAUCAAGUUCUUCACUUCAACGAUAUUGACAGUAUAUAUAAUUCAAAUUUCGACACUUCCAAAGCUACUGUGUUUCUUGUCCAUGGAUGGAAUGGUAAUGGAAAUAAUAAUAAGAACAGACGCCUAAGAGAAGAUUUUCUACGAGAUGAUGAUGUUAACGUCAUAGUGUUGGAUUGGAAUCGCUUAGCCAAUCGUAAUUAUGUGACGGCUGCGAAUGGAGCUCCCGCAGUGGGACGUGCUCUGGGACAGUUCAUAAAUUGGUUGGUUUCCUUGGGUGCUUCGUAUGACCAAAUACACUUGGUUGGAUUUAGUCUUGGCGGACCUUUAGUCAGAAAUGCUGGAUGGGAAACUGGUGGUAAAAUCAAGAGAAUCACAGUUUCUGCUGAAAAUAUAACGAAAGAUCCCACAGCGGGUUAUAAGGAGGGAGACAGGUUUUUCUACUUCCCUGGUGAUGGGGACCACACCCUCCAUUUAGUGGACACCCAAGCGCCAGUCGACCUAGAAGACAACCCUGACACUCACCAAGUUCUUCAGUACAAUGAAACUUUUAGUGUAGUUCAUUCAAAUUUCGAUACUUCCAAAGAUACUGUGUUUCUUGUCCAUGGAUGGAUUGGUAAUGGAAAUAAUGAUAUGAAUAGACGUUUAAGGGACGCUUUUCUUCAAGAUGGUGAUGUUAAUAUCAUUGUUCUGGAUUGGAGUUGUUUAGCUUAUCGUGAUUACGUUACUGCUGUGCUUGGAGUUCCAGAAGUGGGUCGCGCUCUCGGACGGUUCAUAAAUUGGUUGGUUUCCUUGGGAGCUUCGUACGAUAAAAUGCAUUUGGUCGGCUUUAGUCUUGGUGGACAUGUAGUUGGAAAUGCUGGAAGGGAAACUGGCAGUCAAGUCAGGAGAAUUACAGGGCUAGAUCCCGCCGGUCCCUUAUGGCACAUCAACGAAGAUCGUAUCACUGAGAAUGAUGCUAAAUAUGUUGAGGUGAUCCACACUAAUGCAAACUUUUUGGGUUACCCGAAUCCAUGUGGUGACGCAGAUUUCUAUCCUAACGGUGGAGUGGCAAAACCUUAUCCACAUCAAACUCUUCCGUAUUCUACACUGCAUUUUGACGAAGAGAAAUGUAUUACGCAUACCUUGUCUCAAUUUUGCUAUGCAGAUUUAACCUUUCAGGGAGUUUCUGCUGCGAACGUAAUCAAAGACCCCACAGCGGAUUAUAAGGAGGGAGACAGGUUUUUCUACUUCCCUGGUGAUGGAGAUGACACUCUUCAUUUAGUAGACUCUCAAGAGCCAAUCGAGCAAGACUUUAUACUAAACUAUGCUAGAAAUCCUGAUAACAACGCUUAUUGGCUUUUUACCAGAAACAAUCCGGAUCAACAACAAGUCCUUCACUUAAAUGAUGCUGCUAGUCUGCAUAAUUCAAAUUUCGAUACUUCUAAAGAUACCGUGUUUCUUGUCCACGGAUGGAACGGUAAUGGAAAUAAUAAGAUGAACAAACGUCUAAAAGAAGCUUUUCUCCAAAAUAAUGACGUCAACAUCAUUGUACUAGAUUGGAAUCGUUUAGCCAAUCGUAAUUAUGUGACGGCCAGGAAUGGAGUUCCCGCAGUGGGACGUGCUCUUGGUCAGUUCAUAAAUUGGUUGGUUUCCUUGGGAGCUUCGUACGAUAAAAUGCACUUGGUCGGCUUCAGUCUUGGUGCACAUUUAGUUGGAAAUGCUGGAAGGGAAACUGGCGGCAAAGUCAGCAGAAUUACAGGGUUAGACCCCGCUGGCCCCUUGUGGUCCCGUAACACAGAUCGGAUAACGGAGGAAGAUGCUCAAUAUGUCGAGGUGAUCCACACUAAUACAAACUUUUUGGGUUAUACGAACCCAUGUGGUGAUGCAGACUUCUAUCCUAACGGAGGAGGUAGUAUGCCCGGAUGCUGGACCAAUACUUGCUCCCAUGGUAAAGCAUAUGAUUAUAUGGCGUCCACAGUCACAUACAACCAUUUGCUUGCGAACCAGUGCGACACGUUAAGGGAUGCCACACGCAAUAGAUGUAAUGGGGAUUUAAACCCUAUGGGCAACAGUGAUUUGAAUAAAUACAAGGUGGCAAGUCGGCAGCCCCCAGCUGGAAGAGACCCCCGGUCAGAGGAGACUCCUUACUCCUGA